CAGUGCUGAGCCGACGUUCCCACUUGGCAACAAUUGGAACUGAGAUAGUCAUGACCUUGUCCCCACCUGGUUGGUUUAUGUUUCCUCCCCAGCCCUUGGGGGCAUUUGAGUGGGAUCCUCGGACCACAUUCUCUUAUGUCCUUUCAGACCCAUCUAAAUGCUCUCCUGGCAUCAUACUUAUUUAUUGGUUUUAGAGUUGUUUUUUCCCCUGGUCUUUAAAAUCAAGGUUUGAUCAUAUCCCUCCCCUAUGUGAAGCCCUUCGCUAGUUGCCCCAAGGUAAGUUCCAAGUGACCCAGGAUCUGGCAUUCGAGGUGCUCAGUGGUCUGGUGCCACUCAAUGCUUGAGAGUGGGGCAGCAAGUUUAUACAAUUCUGGAUGGAUGGAUGGAUGGAUGGAUGGAAGGAAAGAGUGCUGGGAGAGAGAGGCUAGCCCUGCAUGGUUCUCAGGCUGAUGAGAGAGGCACGGCGUACCCAGAAAAACCUCGUGAGCUUCCAGAAUUCCGUAUCCCACCAUGCAACCAGACAUGGUCCUCCCGGGAUCAGGGAAGAGGGGUCGGAGCUCAGUGGGUAAGCGAGAAAAACAGUCUGCAAGAUAUAAGCGACCAGAUGGCUCAAAGACAAACUCUUCCCAGCCCAGGCUCCUGCCUAGACACAGCAUCAUGCAUCUCCUUGGCCCCUCGCUCCUGCUUCUCGAGUACUUGGCUCUCUCUGAUUCAGCUUUAUGGACAUUUUAUCAUCCCAAGACCAUCUACGCCUGGGACGGGGCCUGUGCCUGGAUUCCCUGCAACUACAGGAUCCCAGGGAAAGAAAACAUCUUAAACCACCUGACCCUGUACCACAAUCCUUAUUACAACACCACCACCAAGGACUUUGAGGGGGCCAUCCUCUAUAGCAACCAGAAAGCCGAGGAGUUUCCUCCUUAUCAGGAAAGGGUACAAUUCCUGGGAAACGAGAAAGGCAACUGCACCCUCUACAUCAACCCUGUGAAAGUCAGCGACAGUGGCCAACUGGGGCUGAGGAUGAUGACGGUGGGGCCUGAGAAGUGGAUGGAGUCCAUAGGCCUCAAUGUCUCUGAGAAGGCUCCUCCACCCCACAUUCAGCUCCCUCCGGAAAUCCAGGAGCUCCAGGAAGUCACCGUAACCUGCUCGCUGAAUUUCGCCUGCUUUGGGUACCAGAUCCAUUUGCAGUGGUCCCUGGAGGAGCCUGCUGUCAACGCGACCACCCUGGCCCCCAAGACCCCCCCGACCACCCACAUCACCCUGACCACCAAGACCAUCUCCAGCCAGAGCAACCUCAUGUUCCAGCCGCAGUGGACUCACCAUGGCAAGAAUCUGACCUGCCAGCUCUGGGACCCCACGAAACAGCACAUACUCUCUGAGAAAACGGUGCAGCUGGAUGUGAAGCACUUGCCCAAGUUGAAGAUCCAGGUCCUUCCCCAAGAAGCCACAGUAAUGGAGGGAGCAUCCGUGACCAUGGAGUGCCAGGUCAUCAGCAGCAACCCACAGUACUGGCGGAUAUCCUGGCUCAAGAAUGGGAACCUGCUGCCGGGGACAAAGAACGUGCUAUCGCUGCCCGAAGUGACCAGGGACAUGAGUGGGAAGUACCAGUGUGAGGCCCUCAAUGUCCUAGGCACAGGAAAGUCGGAAGGAGUGGACCUCCAAGUGCUCCAUGCUCCGGAACCUUCCAGGGUUCAGCUCUCACCCUCGACAGUUCAGGAAGGAAAUCAAGUGAAGCUGACUUGUGUCUCACGGGCCAAUCCUCCUCCAACAAAUUACACCUGGUAUUAUAAUGGGAUAGAAAUGCCUGGAAGGACAAACCAGAACUUCCAGAUCCCAGAGGCCCUCCUCAGGCAUGCUGGGAGGUACUCCUGCUUGGCGGAAAACAGUCUUGGUCUUGGACAAGUUGGUCAGGAAGCUGAGCUGGACGUCCAAUAUCCCCCCAAGGAGGUAACCACGGUAAUUCAAAACCCCGUGCCGAUUCGAGAAGGAGACAGUGUGACCCUGCUCUGUACCUACAAUUCCAGUAACCCCAGAGUUACCCGCUAUGAAUGGGACACCGUAGGCUCCCGAGUAUUACCUGCGGGGCUGACCAUUCAAAAUGUUGCCUGGGACACAGGGCCAGUCAAAUGCGCAGCUUGUAACCAGUGGUGUUUUUGGUCUCCCCCCGUCAACCUGGAUGUCCAGUAUGCCCCCAAAGAUGUCAGAGUCCUGAUCAGCCCUCGUACUGAGAUUUACUCUGGGCACCGGGUCCUCCUCCAAUGUGACUUCUCCAGUAGCCGCCCCGCGGACAUCCACUUCUUCUGGAAGAAAAAUGGAGUCUUUCUGGAGGAAGGAAAGGACCUGAGCUUUGACUCCAUCUCUCCAGAAGAUGCUGGAAGUUACAACUGCUUGGUCAACAACUCCAUUGGACAGACUGAGUCUAAGGCCUGGGCCGUCCAAGUGCUGUAUGCACCCAGGAGGCUGCAUGUGUCUGUGAGCCCGAAAGACGGAGUGAUCGAGGGUGGGGAGGCAGUCCUGACGUGUGAGAGCGAUGCCAACCCUCCCAUCUCCCAUUACGCCUGGUUUGACUGGAAUAACCAAGACCUCCAUCAUUACAAUCAGAUGCUGAGAUUGAAUCCUGUGAAGGUCCAGCAGUCAGGCGCCUACUGGUGCCAGGGGACCAACAGGCUGGGCAGGAGCCAGUCGCCCCCCAGCACCCUCACUGUCUAUUACAGCGCAGCGACCAUCAGCAGGCGAGCAGCCCUGGGAGUGGGGUUCUGCCUGGCCGUCUUCCUCCUGGCAAUCUGGGGAGUCAAGCUUCAGCGGAGCUGGAAGCGGAUUCAGAGCCAGCAGAGGCUUCAGGAAAAUUCCAGUGGACAGAGCUUCUUUGUGAGGAAUAUAAAGGCUAGAAGGACCCCCCAAGCCGAAGGUCCCCACUCCCUGGGGUGCUACAACCCGGUGAUGGAAGAUGCAGUCUCCUAUGCUGCUUUGCGCUUUCCCCGUGGCGAGACUGACUCACCAAGACUUGGAGAUGCAGGGACCUCAGAGAUGCAGGGACUUUCCCCAAACAGGGACGACACAGUCACUUACUCCGUGGUGCAGAAGAGUCAGCUGGGCGACUAUGAGAACGUGACUCCAAGUGUCCUGGAAGAUGAGGGGAUACAUUAUUCGGAGCUGGUUCAUUUUGGGGCUGGGGAGCGGCCUCUGGCCCAGGAAGGAGUGGAAUACGUCAUUCUCAAGCACUGAAAGGCCAAACUGGCGGAGGUGGAGUUGCCCAUGGGCUCAGAGGCCAGGGUGGUCCUGGGGCUUUCUCAGCCCCUGCUGCUCAGCCGCAGUUACACACCCUCCCUCUAUACAUACAUACGCACGCAUGCACGCACGCACGUGGUUACUGCAACGCCAGUUGGUGCAGAGAACUUUGUGCAUGGUCCAGAGACAGUCCUCCUUCUCAGCACUGAUAGCCCUGACCCUCCAAAGAGUCUGUCUCUGGCCCUUUCCCACUUGCCUUCCCACCCAGAAAUUCUUCUAAAUACCUACCCUGAGUUGUACAAACCCCCCUACCCCACCCCAGCCAUCUACCACCACCUACCCCCUCCCAAACCCCAUCCCCAGGUGGCCAUGUCCCUGCUUAGAUCAGCUGGUCAUUACUUUUCUUUCUUUCUCUCCCUAUGCCUUUGACAGCCCACCCCUGCUCUGAUAGCCCCACUCACUAAUCUUAAGCCUAAUUUUUGCCUUGGGGGCAAAGCCCAGGGGAAGAGUGACAGAAGUGAGGUAGAAAGAGGCACUGCCCUGGGCUGGUUUCUCCUCUGUGCAAGUGAGGCAUUCCACGGAGAGGACUAUGCUGCUGCAGCCCCUACCCUCAGGGGUCUCGUGGUCUAAGACAUCCACUGAUGUGGACACACGCGUAACAGACACAGAGCUGCACAAUAAAAAUGGCUCAGGUACCACAUCAAAGAGCCAGUGAACAACU